AAUGCUGCAACUGCAUUCGAGCACUUUCAACAACAACAACAAAAAACAGAGUACAGAGAAGCCAUUUCUUCACAAACUCAGUCACUUAGGGAGACGAUGCUGAGACAGCUCUUCGCAAAAUCAACAGCCAAACAUGCCACUUUCAGUUUUAUUCUGUUUAAUCCACACAGGGAGAUGCAUAGCAGAAACAAGAAAGCAAUGGAGUUAAUAGCAAAAGGGUGGAGUGCUUUGAAAGAAGUUGACAGAGUUAUUGAUUACUGCGAGCUCAAUGAUAAACGCCUCAUCCCUCUCCUAAGGGCAGCAAAGGAGAAUUUUGAGUUGGCAUUGGAAGCUGAUAAUUCCAAUACACAUGCUAGGUAUUGGCUGUCCAAAUUGCAUUUGAAGUACCAUGUUCCCGGGGCAUGUAAAGCCAUAGGUGCUGCUUUGUUAGUAGAAGCUGCAGAUAUGGGCGAUAAAGACGCCCAAUAUGAAUUGGGUUGUCGCCUUAGAGUUGAGAAUGACUAUGUCCAAUCAGAUCAACAAGCUUUCUAUUAUUUGGAGAAAGCUGUAGACCAGCUUCAUCCAGGUGCUCUUUACCUUCUAGGUGCUGUAUACUUGACGGGGGACUGUGUGAAGAAAGACAUUUCUUCAGCAUUAUGGUGUUUCCACCGGGCAUCGGAGAAAGGACAUGCUGGAGCAGCUAUAGCAUAUGGAUCUCUGCUACUUAGAGGUGCUCUAGUCCCAGAAUGCCUAACAAAAUUUAGUUCAAAGAGGGGUUCUGCUGCCAAAAGAACAAAGAAGAAUGUGGACCACCCAGCAGGGAACCCUGUUGAAAUGGCAAAAGAACAAUUUCGAAUAGCAGCAACAGCUGGCUGUGACCUUGGACUAAAGUGGUUGCAAAGACUCGAGGAGGUGGAGGAGCGACUGUUGAGUGAAAGUAACUCCACAGAUGGUGUUUCACAAUCGAACACGGCGUUGUUAUAAUAUGAGCAGAUGAGGUUGAGGCCAAAUGAGUAACAAAAGAGGGAUGAGUGUUUGCAGUAUACAUGUAAGUUUAAAAGGAAGUAAUAUUCAUGGUAUAAUUUCAUCCUUUCUCAAUUGCGGGGUUGACCUUUACAUUUGGCUUAUUGCAUGAGCGCGAUUGUGGAGGACUGCAUAUUCAAGCUUUAUUGCAACAGUUUUUUUUUUUUUUUUAAGGAAUCAUGUAUUUAUGAACAGCCUUUCAUCAACGUUUAUUGAUUAUGUACUCGUGAAAUAGGGGAAAAGGUACUUUUUAUAAGACAACUACUUUAGAUAUAAUAAAUAAAGUUAGUUAAAUUGAUCAGUUCAGUUAUGAA